UAUCGCGCAGAGGCCAGUGACAGCUCGUCAGAGUCGUACUUCACCGACAGGCGAGAGGGUGUGUCAAGACACAUCAUCUAAGACAUCAUGAGACUCAGCGCUAUCACCAUUGUAUUCCUGUGUAGCAGUACGUUGGCCGCACCAUCGCCCAGUCUCUACUCAGCGUCCAGCAGCUCCUGUCGCUGCGGUAUCGUCCGGAGCAGCUCGUCCAACAGGAUCGUGGGUGGCAGAGAGACGGACCCGCAGGAUCUGCCGUGGCAGGCGGCGCUGAUGUGGCGAGGUCACGGCUGGGCCGGCUGCGGAGCGACCGUGAUCGGCAGGCGACUCGUGCUCACCGCUGCACACUGCACCAGCGGGAAGACCGCCGACCGGCUCGCUGUGAUGGUGCGGUCUGACCGCGUCUUCAACCCGGACGCGGAGUCGCUGCGGUUCGACGUCACAGAGAUCAUUCAGCACAGUGGCUACAGCGAGGUCCACAACGGUAAUGACUUCUCCCUGCUUCGUCUCUCAGAGCCCAUCGAGUUCCCUGCCGACGGUUCUAUCGCGCCCGCCUGCCUACCAGCACCCGGAGACACGUAUCUCAGCGCGAACGCAACAGUCAGUGGAUACGGCAUGCUCAGCUGGAAGGGUGAGUUGUCCGUCACUCUGCGCUCUGCGCACGUGUCUGUCAUCUCGAACGCCGCCUGCGAAAGGGCCUAUCCUGGUAGCAUCAAAGACUCGAUGUUGUGUGCUGACGGCGCCGGAGAGCGAGAUGCGUGCCAAGGGGACAGCGGAGGGCCACUAGUCGCCGAGAGGAACGGCAGGUUCAGCCUGAUCGGCGUGGUCUCCUGGGGUAAGGAGUGUGCCGAGCCUGACUACCCGGGGGUAUACGCCAGAGUCACCGAGGCGCUUGACUGGAUCAGAGAGAACGCCUCGGAUGAUGAUUUCUGUGAUUAAAUUCAGCAGUUGAAGUAGAUAAAAAGUAUUUUUCGCCCAUUUUUUAAAGUAAGAUUUUCAUCGAUUACAUAGAUGAUAGACUUUAAACAAAAUGAAUGCUUUUAAGAAAACUCGAGAAAAUUUUUGAAAGUAUACUGAAUUGAGGAAGAGAAGGGCGACCAAACUAUGUCUAAAUUGAUAUUCAUCUGUGAAACAAUACAAAUACACUAUCAAACAUCC